UACGCUUUUGUACAUUUUGCAUUGUUGGAGUAGAGAGGAGAGUAUCAGGGCUGUCGGAUAUGAUGGCGAGCACGCGAGGUUUUUUUCCUGUGUUUGUAGUGGCGUUGCUUGCCGGAGUCUUCCUCGCUUCCCUUCCUUCAGGCGUACAAUCCAUCGGCGUGUGCUACGGCAUCAUCGCAAACAACCUCCCGCCACCGAGGGAAGUGGUGCAGCUCUACAGGUCCAAGGGCAUCACCAACAUGCGCAUCUACUCCGUUCAGCCCCAGGCGAUCCGCGCGCUCCAUGGCUCGGGCAUUAGGCUCAUGCUCGGCACCACCAAUAACGACGUCGCCGUUCUCGCCGGCAGCUUGUCCGCCGCCACCUCCUGGGUGCACGCGAACGUAAAGCCUUACCACAGCGCCGGGGUGACCAUCCGGUACAUCGCCGUCGGCAACGAGAUCACGGGCGGCGCGGCGCAGAGCAUCCUCGCCGCCAUGCGGAACCUCAACAAGGCCUUGGCCGCGGCUCGCCUCGGCGGCAUCAAGGUUUCCACGGCGGUGAGGUUCGACGUGAUCACCAACUCCUUCCCGCCCUCUGCCGCCGUGUUCGCUCAGCCCUACAUGGUCGACGUCGCCCGCCACCUCGCCAGCACCAACGCGCCGUUGCUCGCCAACGUGUACCCCUACUUUGCCUACAUCGGCAACCCGAGGGAUAUCAAGCUCAACUACGCGACGUUCCAGCCUGGCGCGACACCGGUGAGGGACGCCGGCAAUGGGCUCAUCUACACGAACCUCUUCAACGCCAUGGUCGACGCCAUGUAUGCAGCGCUGGAGAAGGCCGGGGCGCCCAGCGUGAGGGUGGUGGUGUCGGAGAGCGGGUGGCCGUCGGCCGGCGGGUUCGCCGCGACGCCGGAGAACGCACGGGCGUACAACCAGGGCCUCAUCGACCACGUGGCACACGGCACGCCCAAGAAGCCUGGACACAUGGAGGCGUACGUGUUCGCCAUGUUCAACGAGAACCAGAAGCCCGGGCUUGAGACGGAGAGGCACUUUGGGCUCUUCUACCCCAACAAAAGGCCGGUGUACCACAUCAAUUUCGCAGGAGGAAGAUUGGCGCCGGCCAACCACACAAACGCGCAUGGGUUUGGUGGACACUAGAUUGAUAUACUACUAUGUUAUUAGUAGAAAAGUAAUGUAUGAUGCGCACUGCGUAACAUAAUAAUGUCCUUGUACAGAAAUAAAA